CGCGGAGCGACGGGACGGGGCGGGGCGGGGCGGGGCGGGGCGGGGCGGCCCCGAACCCGGCGAGACAGCGGCGGAAAGUGCCACGACUCCACACGGGCGGCCACGGCGGCAGCAGGGACCGCGACCCGGCACCGGCACAGAAGAAUAAGGCAGGAUGGAUGUGUAUGAUCCUCAGACGCUGGGUGUUAUGGUCUUUGGAGGUUUUAUGGUGAUAUCAGCCAUUGGGAUCUUCCUGGUGUCCACCUUCUCCAUGAAGGAGACGUCUUAUGAGGAAGCCUUGGCCAAGCAACGCAAAGAACUUGAGAAGACCCAGCAGCAGAAAAUAGAGAAAAAGAAGAAAGAGAAACCUGUUGAGAAAAAAGGAAAAGCAAAGAAAAAGGAAGAGAAACCUAAUGGAAAGAUCCCGGAGCAGCAGGUGACUCAGGAAGUGGUGGACUCUCCCAAGGAUGUGGUUCUUGAACCUGCUGUGGUGCCUGAGCCUGUAACUGUUGAGUCUCCAGUUGCAGCGGUGCCAGUGGCCCCCCAGGAAAAGGAGAAACCUGCUGUAUCACCUAAGGAGAAGAGGAAGAAGGAGAAGAAGGUUGCAAAGGUAGAGCCUGCUCCUAGCCCAGUGGUGGCUUCGCCUCCUGUCAGUGUCUCCAAAAGUUCUCCUGUCUUGGAGGUGACCCCUAAGGAAGUGCCUGUGGUGGCUGUGCCACCGGUUGGUACACAGCAAAGUGCUCCUCCGGUCAUCAGCUCUGUUGCCAUCAAGAAAACUGAUGCUCUUCCGACCCAUGAGGAGCAGAAGCAUGAUGGACCUGUCAAGAAGAAGGCUUCGUCUAAGAAGAAGAGCGAACCAGCACCUGCAGACUCAGACGGGCCCCUCUACCUGCCCUACAAGACGCUUGUGUCCACCAUCAGCAGCAUGGUGUUCAGUGAAGGGGAGGCCCAGCAGCUCAUCGAGAUCCUGACGGAGAAGGCGGGCAUCGUCCAGGACACUUGGCACACGGCCACGCAGAAGGGAGACCCGGUUGCUGUCCUGAAACGGCAGCUGGAAGAGAAGGAGAAGCAGCUCAGCACCGAGCAGGAGGAUGCAGCUGCAGCCAAGAACAAGCUGCGGGAGCUGAGCAAGGAGCUGGUGGCCGAGCGGACCAAGGCAGGAGCCGUGGAGGGCAAGCUGAAGGAGCAGCUGCUGGCCCGCGAGCGGGAGCUUGCCGCGGUGCAGGCGCGCAUGCAGGCCAGCUACCAGGACCACGUCAGCGAAACACAGCAGCUCCAGGGCAAGAUCCGGACGCUGCAGGAGCAGCUGGAGAAUGGCCCCAACACGCAGCUGGCCCGACUGCAGCAGGAGAACUCCAUCCUGAGGGAUGCCCUUAACCAGGCCACCAGCCAGAUGGAAAGCAAGCAAAACGCUGAGCUGGCCAAGCUGCGGCAGGAGUGCACCAAGCUGGUGAAAGAGCUCUCUGAGAAAUCAGAGGGGCUGCAGCAGGAGGAGCAGCAGAAGAAGAGCUGGGAGAUCAAAGCCUUGGCCUCAGAGAAGCAGAUCGAGCAGCUGCAGGCUUCCCAAAGGGAGGUGGAGACGAUGCUGCAGAAGAGGCUGGAUGAAGUAAGUGAUGAGCUCCGCAAAACCCAGACCAGCUACAAAAGCUUGUUGGCAGAUGCAGAAAAGGCCAAAGGACAGCAGCAGAGCAUUGCUGAACUGCAGGCCAAGCUGCUGAGCUCUGAAGCAGAAGUUAAAAGCAAGCUGCUGGAGCUAGACAAUGCGAAGGGGAGACUGCAGGAUGCCAGCUCGGAGAACACAAAGCUCCUAGAAAGGAUCAAAUCCAUUGAAGCUCUGCUGGAGGCAGGACAGAUGAGGGAGGCACAAAAAGACAGAGACUUGCAGGCAGCCAAUGAAGCAGAAAUGAAGCAGCUGCAGUCAAGGCUCCAGGAGAAGACAGAGCAGCUCUUGUCCUUGGAAAGGGAAGCCACAGGGCUGCGGGAGGCGGUGGAGCAACAGAAGAUGAAAAACAACGACCUUCGUGAGAAGAACUGGAAAGCGAUGGAAGCGUUGACCACGAUGGAGAAGGCAUGCGAGGAAAAACUACUGGCUACUACAAAAACAAAGGAAGAGCUGGCCCAACAACUGGACACACUCCAGACACGAACCAAGCAGACGCUGCUCUCAGCCCUCCCCGGUGUCACCGUGUCAUUGCAGCAGGAUUAUGACACGUGGCUACAAGAGUUUAAGGAGAAGGCCGUGGAUGUGCUAAAGCAGCAAACAGUUACCGCAGAGCCCCCAGAUUCAGCACUUAAAUUAAAAGAGGCAGAAGAAGCGCAAAGCACUUUACAAGCAGAAUGUGAGCAGUACAGAACUAUCCUUGCAGAGACGGAAGGGAUGCUGCGAGACCUGCAGAAGAGCGUGGAGGAGGAGGAGCAGGUGUGGAAAGCAAAGCUCAUGGCAUCCGAAGAGGAAGUCCAGAAGUCGCAGCUCCAACUGAAAUCCCUUGAAGACAUGGUGGAGAAGUUGAAAGCAGAUCUGCAGAGCACAGAUCAGCUAAAGGAAUACACCUCUCUUCUGGAAACACAACUGGAAACUCACUUGAAGACGGCCAGCUCUGAACGCCAAAACUACACAAAAGAAGUUGAAGUGUUGAGGCAACUCUUGUCAGAGUCCAAGGAGCAGCUGGAGACAGCCAAGAUGGAAACACAGAAGCAGAGCAAGGAGCUGUCCCUGGUCAGGCAGCAGUUGAGUGAGAUGAAGAGCCAUGUACAGGAUGGAGUAGUGGGGUUACGAGCUGACUCAAGCGAGCCUGCACCCCUCGAGUUGAAAACCCAGCUGGAGCAGAACGAAACACUGGUGGAGAAGGAGCAAGUGCUGCGGCAGAAGCUGGCGCAGGAGCUGGAGGAGGCCCAGAGCAGAGCAUGCAGUUUGCAAGCAGAGCUGGAAAAGCUGAGACUGGCUGAAAACGCAGGAGCUGCAGACACAGAGGAGGCCCAGCAUCUCAAGGAAAGACUUGAGAAAGAGAAAAGACUAACAAAGGACCUGGGCCAGGCAGCGACUAAACUACAGGAGCUACUGAAGGUCACCCAGGACCAACUGGCCAAAGAGAGAGAAACGGUGAAGAAGUUGAAAGAACAGCUUCAGGAAACGGGGCAAGAGGACAGCUCAAAGGAAGGGACUUCAGUUUGAUGAGCGUGCGACCUAGACCUUAACUGUUCGACUUACCAAAAUGCCUUACACAUUCCUAAAGAUAAAAAUAUAUGCUGAAUUUACUGUAGAUAAAAGAUACAAGCCAUUAGUGACCCAAAACCUAGUUUUGAAACUUAAAAAAACCAUACACCCCCCCCAAAAAAACCCUGUUUGUAAGAAAAUCUUCAUACUGUUUUAUACAAGCCUUUGGCCCCUGGGGACCUGCUCCGGCCAUGUCGGGAUGGGCGCCGGGGCUUCCCCCUCCUGUCGCGACAGAGCCCACAAAUGUGUGAAAAGGGAAGACUGUGUUUGUACAGCAACCAGUGCAAUUAUUGUUCUUACUUGGUUUAUUUCUCCUGGUUCUUUUGGGAGUGGAAGAAGCGUGACAGUCAGACCCGCCGCGGAAGGAAGGGAGCCGCUCCAUGACGGGUGGCUCUCGGCACAUCUGCUUCUUUGUAUUGCUAGGUGUCGAUGCAA